GUUUUCAAUUGAACAAGUUUUGCAAUCGGUAAUAUUUUCGGGACGUCAAUUCUGAAAUUUGAAGACUUGAUGCUUGCCUUUUGUCGAAGGAGAGCUUUUUCCCAAGUGUUCGCCCUCUCAGUCAGAGAUCUAAGCGUGCGAAUGGAGUCCACUUUAGGCCCUGUCGCUCAGAAAAUCGAGAGCAAAAUUCAAACGGGAGCUGAGCCGCACCAUUUGGAAAUCAUAAACGAGUCCUACAUGCACAAUGUUCCCAAAGGCAGCGAAACGCAUUUCAAAGUCGUGGUCGUGUCCAGCAAAUUCGAAGGAAUGCCGCUGAUUAAGAGACACAAGUUGAUUUACGGACUGUUGGAGGAGGAAAUGGCCAGCGGAGUGCAUGCUCUCGCAAUUGAGGCAAAGACUCCGAGUCAGUGGGAAAACAGCGAUCAAGUUGUGAAAUCUAGUCCGGCAUGCAGAGGAGGAUUCGGAAAGUAGGCAAGAGUCAUCUUGGCAGUUAAUAAGAUCGCCCUGGUCAAAGAACUCGUCUGCCACCAACUUGGCCAUUUUGUGCUGGAUUUCCCACGGCUUCGCUAUGGCACUCACAUCACAAGCUGUCAUCAUCAUUCCACACAGCACUGGAAUUACAAUUUUUAAUUAAAGAAAAGUAGUGAUGAUAAAAAUGCUGAAUUUAUAUCAACCUUCUUUUUUCUCCUCGCUCUGCCAAUCGAACUCUCCGUUUUCGACCAACUCCAAAAAACUGCUGCGCUUCUUGAAGUACAUGGCCAGGUCGGUGGACAGAAUGGCCGUCUCAACCACUUUCAUCACUUCUCUGUAGUCUUCGGUUGAUAGAGCCUUGAAAAAAUGUUUAAAAUUUAAUAAAAUUGUCUACAAUCAAAUUCAAAGUUAAAAAAUAUUUGAAGAAAUUAUUCUCUUUAAUUUGUGUCUUAAAAUUUAAGCGUUGAACUUUCUUCUAAAAAAGUCUUGAUGAAAAAUAUUUGUGAAAAUCAUCGUUAAUGGGAUGUAAUUGUAAAAUAACAUUGUUUAAUUUAACAUAAUUUGAAAUCCAAAAAAUAAAAAAUAAAAAUACUUCUUACGAGAAU